AUGAAUGGAACCAUCGAUAUGGAAAGAGCCCUUAUAGUGGAGACUGCGGCAAGUGCUGUGGAUGAGGUAACCAAGCUUUUGCAGAUAGAUGAGCCUCUCUGGAUCAAGUCCGCCUCUGAGGGCCGGUGCAUUCUUCACCGCGGCAGCUAUGAGAAGAUAUUCCUGACGAGAGCCAAUUUUAAUAUAAGAAGCUUUACCAAUGGUGCUCGUUUCGAGUCUUCCAAGCAUUCCGGGAUCGUCACCAUGAGUGCCAUGCACUUAGUUGACGCGUUUCUAGAUUCGGAUAAAUGGGGAGAUAUCUUUCCCACAAUUGUUACAAAGGAGAAGACAAUUCAAGCACUUGAAAAAGGAGCAUUGGAAAACAGACACGGUUCCUUGCAUAUGAUGUAUGAAAAAAUGCACAUCCUUUCACCUCUUGUUCCGUCACGGGAGUUCUGCUUUCUCCGCCAUUGCCGGCAGAUCGAGCAUGGCACUUGGGUGAUUGCCGAUGUUUCUUAUGAUUUCUCAAAGGAGUGUGUCUUUCCUUCUCGUAGUUGGAGGCUUCCCUCCGGCUGCAUGAUUGAAGAUAUGUCAAAUGGCUCCUCCAAGGUUACGUGGGUUGAACAUGUGCACGUGGAUGAUAAGAGCCAAACCAAUAGGCUGUAUAGGGAUCUCGUAUGCGGUAGUCAUAACAUCGCAUAUGGAGCUGAAAGAUGGAUUCUUACACUCAAACGAAUGUGUGAGAGAUUCACUUAUUUCUCCAAGCUGCCAGAAACUACUGCAACGGCCGAUAACGGAUUUGGUAGAGUGAUAAUUAUGGCUGAAGGCAAACAAAGCGUAAUGAAUCUUAGCCAUAGAAUGGUGAAAAACUUCUGUGGGACGUUGAACAUGUCAGGUAAAUUGGAUUUCCCUCAGCUAGCAGAGGUGACCAAUAGUGGGGUUCGAGUCUCCGUUCGCGAAGCCACAGAAACAGGCCAGCCUAGCGGCAUAAUUGUUGGCGCCGCCACCUCUCUUUGGCUUCCUCUUCCUCCUCAGGCUGUCUUUGAUUUCUUCAGAGAUGACAAAACCCGAUUCCAGUGGGACGUCCUUAGCAAUGGUUAUCCAGUGCAUGAGAUAGAACACAUCUCAACUGGAGCUCAUCCAGGAAACUGCAUAUCCAUCAUUCGGCCGUUUAUCCCAACUGAGAACAACAUGUUGAUGCUGCAAGAGAGCUGCAUAGACCGAUUGGGGUCCCUGAUAGUAUAUGCACCAAUUGACGUAACAACUCUCAACAUGGCAAUAACUGGCCAGGACUCCUCUGCCAUACCAAUCCUCCCCUCUGGAUUCAUAAUCUCUGCCGACGGCCGCGGCACAAAUCACCGCUCUACCAAAGCCGCGUCGACCAGUUCGAGCGGGACAAGUGGCAGCUCCUCAUCAGGUGGAUCACUUCUCACCGUGGCUUUCCAGAUAUUGGUUUCAUGCAAGCAGCUAAACGUGGAGUCCGUUGCAGCCGUCAAUACUCUCAUCAGCUCGACGGUUCAGAAAAUCAAAUCUUCCUUGAACUGCUCUAACGAUCUGGAUUGA